UAAUAAAAUAGGGGUAUUGAUGAUAAAUAUGGGUGGACCUAAAUUCUUAUCAGAAGUUGAAAAUUAUCUUAGUCGCAUCUUUACAGAUAAAGAUAUAAUGAAAUUGCCUUUUCAAAAAUAUUUUGGUGCCUUUCUUGCAAAAAUAAGAGCUCCAAAAGUUAAAAAACACUAUCAGAUAAUUGGUGGUAAAUCACCAAUUUAUAAGUGGUCAAACAUUCAAGGUGAAGGGAUGAUAUAUAACUUCUUACAAAAUAAAGACAAAUUGCUCAAUUGUAAGGACCUAAAUUUUUCUGAUAUUAAACAUUAUAUAGGAUUUAGAUAUGCUGAUCCACUAACUGAAAAUGCUAUCAUUGAUAUGGCUAAAGAUGGAAUUGAUAGAGUUAUAGUGUUUUCACAAUAUCCACAAUAUUGCUGCUCUACAACUGGUUCCAGUUUAAAUGCCAUCUACAAAUUUUGUAAUGCAAACAAAAAUUUAGUCGAAAAUAUUAAAUGGAGUGUAAUUGAUAGGUGGCAUAGUCACCCAGGAUUAAUAAAAGCUUUUUCUGAAAACAUUAAAUCCGAAUUAAAUAAAUUUUCAAUUGACAAACGAAAAGAAGUUGUGAUAUUAUUUUCAGCCCAUUCAUUGCCUUUAUCUGUUGUUAAAAGAGGGGAUCUAUACCCAUACGAAGUUUCAGCAACCGUUAACCUUGUUAUGAAUGAAUUAAAAUGGUGUAAUCCGUAUAGAUUAGUGUGGCAAUCAAAAGUUGGACCUGUUGAAUGGUUAUCCCCAUUUACUGAUGAUGUCAUAAGAAGCUUAGUUAAAAGGGGACAUAAAAAUAUUUUAUUAGUACCUAUAGCAUUUACGAGCGACCAUAUAGAGACAUUGCAUGAGAUGGAUAUAGAGUAUAUAAAAGAUAUAUCAGAAGAAUUGAAAUCAUACCAAAACAUAAAUAUUAAAAGAGCGCCUUCACUCAAUGACAAUUUAACCUUUAUUAAAGCGUUGGCUGAUAUUCUUCAAGAACACAUUAUGAGAAGAGAACCUUUUUCCAACCAGAUGCGUUUAACUUGCCCGCAUUGUAUAAAUCCUGUGUGUUUGAACAUGAGAAAUUUUUUUGAAUCCCAAUACUCAUAAUGCCAGAAAUCUCCAUGAUGCGAAUAUAAUUAAAUUAAUAUAGACAUUUUUAUAAAUUCUAUAGAUAAACGAUAAUAUAUUUAUGUUAUGUAUUUUAUAAAAUUUAUUGGCAAUCAUUCCAAAAAUAUUUUUUAUAUAUCAUAUUCUACAAAAUUUUUAUGUUUUAAAUUUUUUUUUUACCACUUUCUUUGAUUAGAUCGUAAAUAUUUCUUUAGGGCCUAGUUUAUGGUAAACGUGUUUUGUUCAGCAGUGCGGUAUUUAACGCUGUGUUAUUUACAAAAUAAUUUAUUGAUAUGGAACGAAAUAAUGAUAACUCUAUGAUUAAAUUUGAAAAAAAAUAUGUUUCUGUGCGAUGAUAAAAAAUGCGAUACAAUUAUAAAAAUGCAUUCGAUAAAAAGUAUAUAUUUUUAAUUAUCUAUUUUUAUAUUAAAAAAUAUUAUCACUAUGACAAAUUAAUUUCUAUAGCGUUAAAUACCGCACCACUUGAGCAAAACUUGUUUACUAUAAAUUCAGCGUAAGGCCUUUAAUGUUAAGAUAAUACUAAAAUAUAAUUAACAGUCAUUCAUAGACCCAUAGGCAUCGAAUUCAUGGGAGCUUCGAAACUCUUGCCCCCCGUAAAAAAAUAUUAAAAAAUAUGCAUUUUUUCCAUAAAAAAAUUAAUCUUUGAAAAGUGAGAUUAUAUAGAAACAAAAAAUAAAACCAUUUUAUUUGUAUACUAUAUUUAGCAUUAUGACUAUAAAUACUGCAUUUCUAAA